GCCUUGCUGUUGACCUGAGCCCCAGGCAGGUGUCUAGCCGAAAACCAGCCGGGGUCUGGUUAGACAAAAGGAAAUAAACUUUGACUCUAGAAGGAAAUCUCCAUUUUCCAUGAUAAAAUGGCAGCUGUGGAAAACCCCAGCCAAGAGCUAAAGAAUGCAGAAGAACCCUGCAAUAUCCUAUCACCCCUACUUUUGAAGAGACUAGUGGAGGACCCCAGGAGAAGAGGGGAAGUUCCUAACCACCUCCUGGAAUCCAAAGUUUAUGCCAAGCUUGUGAACAAUAAGAUCAUCCACGCGAGGCCUGGCAUAGUACAUUUUGGAGGGUAUCAAGUAGGAAAAAAGCAUGAACAGAUUCUGCACCUGGUCAAUGUUUCAGAUGAAGACACACACGUGCAUAUUUUACCCCCACAGACCAAAUUCUUUCAUAUCAGCUAUGUGAAGAAGGAGCACCGCCUCAUCCCUGGCUUGUCUCUCAUGAUCACCAUUACAUUUUCUCCGGAUGAGUGGCGAUACUAUUAUGACUGUAUUCGUGUUCACUGCAAGGGAGAUGACACCUUGCUUGUUCCUAUUCAUGCCUAUCCUGUCAUAAACAACCUGGAUUUUCCCACAUUUAUAAAUCUAUCAAAUGUCCUUCUUGGUGAGAGCAAAUCCUAUGUGAUCCCCUUGCAAUGCAGCUGCCCUGUGGACUUCGAGUUCCAUAUCACCUUGGUUAAGCCUCAUCAGGCCUUUUCUAUUGAGCCAAUGUCAGGAAUCAUUCCAGCUAAUGGGAAGAUGAAUGUGACUGUGACAUUUACACCCUUCCAGUACGGGACAGCACAAGUAAAAAUGCAGUUGUGGAUUUCGCAGUUCAACGCUCAGCCAUAUGAUUGUGUCUUCACUGGGACCAGCUACCCCAACAUGGCCUUGCCAUUGGAAGAAUUUAAACGAUUAAAUGUUCUUUCUAAUAAAGUAAAAGUUCCUCCAGAAAAAUCAAUGUUACAUGUAAAUUUUCACCGGUUACCACCAAAGAUAAUGUCUCCAAAGUUGAAGGAAAUUGAGUACCAGAACCUGAGGUUUCCAGCUGACCUAUCCAAUCCAUUUGCUGUGGCAACUGUUUUGAACCAAGAACCAGGAAAACUGAAGAUCAAAAAAUUAAGAGAAGUUUUGGACCAAGGCACUGAGAUUUCAAAAACAAGACAGAUGAAGGAGGCUCUCUUUGAACAGAAAGUCAGACAGGACAUCCAGGAAGAGACAGAAAAUCAUCUUAAGUGGCAGGUGCACCUUGGUAAAGAACCUAUGUCUUUUAAAUUUAGAAAAGAGUUUGCUGACGAGUGGCAAAGCUUAUGGAACAAAUACAAGCUAGAUAAAGGAGAUCCUAUUGUGGAAGAGGAAUUACAACGGCUCCACACGGAAGUCAGCCAUAAACGGGUGUUUAGAGAUUUACAAGAUGAAAUCCAGGAAUUUCAUCCUAAUUUUGAUCCAUUCGUUAAUAACACUUGGACCAAUAGGUUCCGGGCACAAAGACGAUUUCAACAAGCAGCACGCAAGGUUUUACGAGAGCGACGAUUACUCAACAUGCUGAGUGCAGUUCGUGAAAUGGACAAAGAUACUAUCCAAAUGAAAACAUUGUUUGCACAAGGGAAGAAACCUUCCAAGUUUUUAAACCAGACAUCCAGUCAGGAGGAGCUCAGUUGUCGAUCCUCACUACAGCUCAAGAAAGUGCUGCCCUUUGCCUUCCCAUUCUACAGCCCUCCCAAAGGCUCCAAUGAGUUGGCUCCUGAUGGCCUUGGACUGGUCCCAAUUAAGUCUUCAGAUGUUCAAGUCAAGCAGAGUUAUUCAUUCUUCAAGCUACAGGUUCCUCAACUGUACAAAAUUAAGGGAUACAAGCCAUUCUCUGUCUACAGGUCUUCAAAAAACUACAGAUCCCAAAAGCUUGCUCGAAACCUGAAGCAAGGAGCUGAGGACGAAGUCACUACCAUCAUAGCACUUCCAGACCAGGAAACCACACAGCUCUCUGGAAAGCCAUCCAUCUUGAGUAUGAAGCCUCCUGAGGCCUUGGCCACGGGGCUAGAAUAUGACCCCCUGUAUAUUUUCAAUCCCAAUCCAGGAUUGUUCGCUGUGAUGCACCCACUGACCUACGUAGAAACUUUGAUCGAUUACCAUCUGUGCUCUCACCCCAAGUACAAGUUCACGCAGGAGUGCCAUGAGGGGUCCAGUAUUCCCCUUACCCAGAAGCAGUUUCUCCAUCACACGGACAUUAUCCCUGGAAUCAUGCAGUGGAAGAAGUUCCAGCCCGUGGUGCUCUCCUCCAUACCAGACUCCUCUAAGAUAGAGACGAUGCAGAGCUGCGAUUCCUACAGCUCAGCUCUGCUUCCCAUCGAUGUCCCUGCCCUUCUAGAUGCCUUACCAGAAGAAGACAGACAGGAAACAGCUGAACAGGAGAUCUGUGAACACAACAUAGAAGUUGUGUUGACUCCAGAAAUGAUCCGAGCAGAGUUCCCUAUGCUGGGUCCUAAGGAUGCCAAGAAGGAGAAAGAAGUGAAAGACCAGGCACAACCAGCAGAGAAGUCGGGGGAGAAGGUAAUGGAGGAGAUGAGGACUCUGCGAAGCAAAGCUCUCAACACAUACCUGAUUCUGCAGUAAAACCACCAGCAG